AUGAAAAGGAAAAAAGUUAUACAACGCCAAGUUUAUGAUAUUUUAACUUACAGAAUAAAAAAUUUGAAAUUUAUUUUGUUUUUAUUUUCUAUCGGAUUGUUUUUAUGUGUCAUAAAGUUGUUACCAUUUAACUUCGAUUCAACUGAGCCUGAUAAUAUUUUACCAUCAAAAUUUAGAUAUAGUUUGAACGAUCCAAUAGAUGUAGUAAUUACUUGGGUUAAUGGAUCUGAUCCCAAAUUUCAAAGCCAGAUUAGGCAUUAUGAAUCAAAAGCUCGACAGAUUGCUGCUGAGUAUUGUCCUUAUGAAAUAUGCUUACCAUCACAUAUUACUGCUUCAAGAAUGGUGCCUAUUAAGAAGUCAUUGAAAGAUUCUUCUCCAACUACAAUUAUUUCGGUUGAUAACAAAACAUGGACUGUGAUUAGUUGGGAGAAUCCAGAUUUUGCUAAGCAAAUGACUAGUACUGACUUUGUUUUGGAUGGGCAAUUCAUGAGAAUGUCUCAAGGAUUUUGGAUAACAGAUCAUAAUGCUUUAAAUAUUUAUAAAACUGAAGAUUCAUUGCUAAUAAAAUUAUUAGGAGAAAAAAUUGAACUUAGUGAUAAAAAAAUUAGAAAGUGGCUGGGCACUAACAUAAAGAAAACAUGGAUUUAUAGAAAUAUUGCUGUUGUUGAGUUUUUUACAUCAAAAGAAUCUCGUAAUAUUUUACAUGAUAGGCCAUGGAGAAUUAUGAAAAUAAAUCAAAAAAUGAGAUUAAAUAUUACAAGAGCUUUACUGCUUUUGGAAAUGCCUUCUAGAGUUCAAAUUGAGGAUAUGGGACCUUCUCGAUUCGAUGACAAAGAAGAACUUCGUUAUUGUUUAAGAUCUAUAUCAAAACAUGUGCCUUGGGUUAGAAAUGUUUAUUUAGUUACUAAUGGAGAAAUUCCUUAUUGGUUAAAUCUUGAUAAUCAAAAACUCAAACUAAUCACGCAUGAAGAAAUUUUUCUGAAUCAAAAUGAUUUGCCUACGUUCAGCAGCCCUGCUAUAGAAGUAAAUAUUCACAGGAUCCCUGGUUUGUCAGAAAAGUUUUUGUAUUUUAAUGAUGAUAUUUUGAUUGGAAAAGAUGUCUGGCCUGAAGACUUCAUUUCGCCUGCAUAUGGACAAAAGGUCUAUCUCUCUUGGCCUGUUCCGGAUUGCAGUCCCAAUUGCCCCUGGUCUUGGGUUCAAGAUGGUUCUUGUGACACCCCUUGUAACAUAUCAGCUUGCUCAUUUGAUGGAGGAGACUGUAUUUCUGAAAAUGCUUCAUUUAAAUCUGAUGUAGAAUAUGGAGAUUAUGAGGACAUAAAAUCACCUCUUAAAGAACAGUUUCCUGAAGAAAAUUAUGGAUUUUCAAAAGAUUUAGCCAGUUCCAAGAGUCUGGCGGGUAGAACUGAUAAUAAAUUUACAGAAAAUGGUGACCAUAAUCUAAACAAUAAUAGUUCUAAAAAAGGAAAACUUCCAUAUAAUGCUCAGUGGUCACUGUCAGGCGAUUUGGAUGAAACUCUGAGAAAGGAUAUAGAUACUUAUGCUAGGUCUUUGUUAUAUGUUAAUGAUCUAAUGAAUAGACAUUAUAAAUAUCAAAUGAGGAAAGUGCCUGCUCACAUGCCACAUUUGAUAGACAAGGUUAUUUUGAAUUUGCUUCAUAGCAAGUUUCAGAAGCAAUUUGAAGAAACUUCAUCUCACCGUUUUCGCUCUGCUAAUGACAUGCAGUUUGCAUUCUCAUACUUUCAAUUCAUUUUGAGUGAACGAGAAAUGCUAUCUGACUACGAAAUUUUUGAUAAGUUUGAUACAGAUAAUUCUGGGACAUGGUCAGAUCGUGAAAUACGAACAAUAAUGGCUCAACUUUAUCGGCUGCCACUUACCAAAGAUUCUGUUUCACAUUUUGAAGGAAUGCUUUCAAAAUGUAUGGAAGGACUUCCUACUGCACCUCAGCCUCCAUUCGAGCGUUACAUUGACUCUAAUUUGCCAGUCAUUGAGAAAAAAAGUUUUGUUAGAUGCAAUAAAGUGAUGAAAAUUAUGAGGGACAGGUUUGGAUCGCGCCCAAAAUAUAACCAUCUAGUUCUGAAAUCAUCAGAUGUUGAUUUAGCAACAAGCUUUCAAAUGGUUGUUUCGAAUGUCACCAUUUUCCUUACUUCUUUGGACCAAAUCAGAGCUAAUCCAAAGAAAUUCAUCUGUCUUAAUGAUAAUAUGGAUCAUGGUAGCAGUGAAAAUGAUUUGGCAAAGUCUGUACUUAUAGAUUUUUAUCAUUCUCUGUUCCCUAUUCCAUCAUCAUUUGAGUUGCCUCCUGAAGUCAGAAACCGAUUUUCAACUUAUCAGGAACUUGUCGCAUGGCAAAAUCGUAGAGCUACAUCCUUGUAUAUCUUUUCUGCUACUCUAAUUCUAUGUCUGCUUAUACUAUCCAUUGUUUGUUUCAAGCAAGAGUUGCUUGUGAUAAAGAAGAUCCUAUUUCGUAAUGAAUCAAGAAAAAAAUCUCAGACAUGA